CCAACAACCGGGUUUCGGUCUUUAGGGCUGAGCAGGAACUGAGCGAAUGUGUACCCUGUGCAGCCGAGCAAGAAGCACCUAGACCCAAAAAGCGACGCAAAAAUGGAAACGCUAUCCGAAAUUAGAGCAAAGGGAUCUUCGGGGACACCCGGCGAUCCAGGGCACCAGUAAGUAUUGAUAGCUAUUGAGACUGUUAGGGGGGUGAGGAUCUGCGGCAGGGCGGAGGGUGUCAUUGCAGCCUGCAGGGCGUCAGCGAGCGGGUCCGGCGGAUGUCAGGAAUGCGCACCCUCACUCCCCCUCCCCGGAGCAUGGUACCCGAAAGGUAUCGUUGGGCGUCAAAAGCGGGCGUACGUGUGACUGAGCCCUUGCUUCUUAAAGGGGGUAAAUCUUGCAGCUUCCAGUGCAUGCUUGACUGUUUUCUGGCAUACUUGUGUUUUUUUUUUCUUUAAUCGUGGAAGCGACCCAAGUGGGCGUAUCUGUAAGACCUACAGGGCUGCGCUAGAACUCACUCCGCCAGCCUCACACCCACAGGCUCGUGGGUGUCCAUGCCUACGGCGUUGCUUCCUCAGACAAUUAAGGGCGUGAUAGCUACAUUGCAAUAAAGGACAAAUGUGCAUAUGGUGGGUUGGUUUUAUCUGUAAUUUGCUACCAGUGAGUACAAGUUCUGCAUGAUAAACUGAAACGUGAGUUUAAUUCAUUAUCUGAUCUUAGGAAACGGGCGUGUAUUGCCCACCUGCUUGUGAUGCAGUCUGGGCCGCCCGCGUACGUUUUCCGUCGGGCGAUUUUCCGCUGUGUCCCUCGUUGCCCGAUCCGCAGAGUCGGGUGUCGCUUCUCUGUGUGCACACGGAAUUAACGGACAGAUCGCCCAGCCAAUCAUGACGCAGAGCAUUUACGGGGCGGGGUCUCCGAGAAACACUUUUUAUUGUCCUGCACAAAAAGGAGAUUAGAGACAGAACAAAGAGGAUUCGUGGACACAACGAAGACGUCCCACAGACAGAAGCAACUGCCCACGAGCUUCAUAGUGACCAUAAUACAGUUGACGCGAACAUCUGGUGCAGAUAUGAUGGCCGAGCACCAGAGCCGCCUGCUGCAACAGCUGGAUGAACAGCGGAGACAGGAACUCUUCUGUGACUGCCAUGUGUUGGUGGAGGGACAGCUGUUCAAGGCGCACCGCAACGUGCUGUUUGGCAGCAGUGGCUAUUUCCGCAUGCUGCUGGGGCGGGGCGGAGCAGAGUGUGGCAGGCCUGUCUCCGCCACAUUUGAAGCCUUCAGUGCCGACACCUUCUCUGUCAUCCUGGAUUUUGUCUACUCAGGCCGUCUGGACCUUACCAGUGUCAAUGUCAUUGAGGUGAUGUCAGCUGCCAGCUACUUGCAGAUGAAUGAUGUCAUUGGGUUCUGCAAGGGCUUCAUCAGGUCUUCUCUGGAUAUCAGCGCUAAAGAGACUGCAGAUCAGUGCCUCAGCCUACCAGAGGAGAGCAGCACCCCCGAGGGGGUAGAUCACGUCCCCAUUGCCCAGGUGGAGAUAUGUACUGAGCCCAAGCCGGAGGUCUCAAACUUAAGCCAGGGUCUGGGUGCACCUCUCCCACGAGGAAGGCGGAGGGCUCCACCUUCCCAGCCCAUCAAAGUUGAGCAGAUGACGGAUUCCACAGCAUACCGCGUUGCCAGAGGAUCGGCUAGGCGGCGGACUUGGAGCAGCCUACCUGUGGGGGAGACCACAUCCAUAGCAAGCCAACAGGGGGCGCCCUCCAGCAAAGCACAGAAGGCUGACGAGCUCUAUGCCACUUUACCCACGAUUGUCGGAGUUGUUGGUGUUUUCAACAAAGACUCCAGCCCUUCAAUGCGCUUCAAGUGUCCCUUCUGCACACACACGGUGAAGCGGAAGGCUGAUCUGAAGAGGCACCUGCGCUGCCACACGGGUGAGCGGCCAUAUCCUUGCGAGGCCUGCAGCAAGCGCUUCACCCGCCUGGAGCACCUGCGAAGCCACUUCGAGACGAUCCACCAGGCUAGGAAGCUGGUGUGCCGGAAAUGCAAACGUCACGUGACAGAGCUGAGUGGGCGGGUAGUGUGUGAGGGCACCCGGCGCUACAGGCUCUGUAACGAGUGCAUCCAGGAGAGUGGCUGCGAGGGCCUCCUGAUUGACACAGCCAGUAGUGAGUCGGCACUUCUCAUGGGCAUGGGUGAGGAAGAUGAGGAUGACAAGGAGAAAGACUGGCUGAUGACGGACGAGGAUGACCUGGCGGUGGAUUCUGGGACUGACCUCAUCAUUCAGGAAGUAGAUGACAGUGAAGAGGAACAGGAGCUUCAGAAUUAAAACACAAACUGUCUACCUACAGCGCCCCCUGUAGGGGUACAAAUGCCAUAAAUUAACUGCAAAAUGUAAACACGUUAAUUGAUGAUUUGAAAACCCUUUUUUCUUGGUUUCCAAUUGAGUUUGUAACUGUUUUACUUGUAUACAGUUUCAAAGGUUUGAAUUUAUUAGAUUAUAAAUCAAGUCAUUAAUCAGUCAAAUAUAUGCUUCUUCCCGCACCUGGCCAUCUGGGGCUGCUCUGCAUUACCAUGUCGGAUUUCAGAUGGUCGCCUAACCUGAAAGGCCUGCAUAGUUCAGCAUAAAGACAGCAGGAAGAAACCUUUAUCUUGGUGUGAAUGGCAGCAGAAGGUACAGAAAACUGGAGUCCAUUGCUGCCGUCAGUCUGACAGGAAGCAGCCAACACUGACUCCAUUUCUAUCUAGAAAACUUUGAGAGAAAAGGAGGUUUGGAAGAUUGCUGGAUGGUUCUAUAUACUAUAGGAUCUGCUUUUAUUUAUUUUACUAUGUCAAACUAUGUUUUAUUAAUGGACUUUAUACGUGAUCCAAUUUAUUUUUGAUUGUAAAUAUUAGCAUUUCUUCUUUGGAGUAUUAAUGUUAUUCAUAUUUAUUAAACUUUUUGUAUUCAUUUUCUACACAUUAAAUAUAUUUUUAUACACA